AUGGACGCCAACGAAGGCGCACCGCCGUCAGAGCCCCAGGGCACCCCAGGGCCCCGUGCGGAGGAUGAACAACCAGAACAACAGACCGGGGAGGAGGCACGGCCUCCGCACUUAGAGGACAUGGAAGAACCAAACGAGGAAAGUCACGCACUGCAGCCGGAUGCUGUUGUGGAGGAGCCCGUGCAACAGGAAGAGGCAAGGGAGUCUUAUGAGGGAGAAACACAAAAACCGGAGCUGGUUGGUGCAGAGGCGUCUCCAGAGAAGAAGCCUCACGAAGAACUAGAAGAUCUUUUGGCUCCAGUCGCUGCUGCAACGACCACGGUUGGGGAAAAAGAAAUUAUGCAGCCACAACAGCCUUCUCACGGGGCUCAGACAGAAAUUGGAAAGGACCUUCCUUCGUCAGAUAUUUCUUUACCUGCCUCUCCUACAGCUCCUACAGAUCCUACAGCUCCUACUGCUCCUACAGGUCCUACUGCUCCCACUACGAUAUCUUCUGCUUGUAGUGCCACUGAUCUCGAGGUGCCCCCUGGUGACUAUUUUGUCUACACACAGAAUGACGUGGUUAUUGAUGCCACUGUGUAUCCUAUACGGUUUCGUACUGUAGUGAAGGCGCCAGGUUCCUCAGGUGAUAAAAUUGCCACGAGGUUCGUGUAUGAGGCAAUCGCUUCACGCCUGGGGACUCAUCCCGAAGCGAUAAAAGUUUACUGUGGAGACCAUCGUAUUCGCUUCGGGGAAACAAUAGCUUUCGAGAGGGCGGUACCUAAGGAGACAGGGCGUUUAUGGGUGGAUGUACACUUUGCCGAAGACAAGAUACCACCGCAUCUUCAAAAACUCAGGAGAGAAGACAAUCUCCUGCAGUGUCCACAGUUACGCGCGCGGUCAGCUGACAUUAGCCCAGCCGAUCUUGUCGCUGCCCGUCGACGCGGAUUAGCCUUUGAUGAGGCUAUUAAUGAAAUCCGGCGGAAAAACAAGGACAGCAACAUUGUUUCCGUGGCGAUUGUGCAAGAGCCAAGCGGCACUCAAAUGCCCUUUCUGGGAGGUUAUCGUCUCAAGAAGGACCCCUCACGUGUCUUUCUUCAUGCAGCAACACAGCUUAGAUCCCCUGGUGAUAGAAAUCUAGAGGACCUGCAAUAUGGGCCCCUUCCACGCGAUGGGGUUUCACGGAGGACGCAAACGUACGGUGUGUCACGGAGCUGUCAGACACUGCGGGAGUGUAGCACACAGACAGCGCGACCGGACUAUGAAGCGGACGACAUAUAUGAUGAAACAGUUGUCGCAAAAACCUACUUCUCCUCAGUGCAGCUGCUUGCGCUACAAACGGAAAAGGUGGUGGUACUGCAGAAGAUGUAUAGAAAGUGGAGGGCACGCAAGGUAUACUGUGAGCUGUUUGGCGCGCGACAGGCUUUACUGGAUCGCGCUGCCGCACAGGCUGCUGCAGAAGAGGCCGAAAAGCAGCGCCUUGAAGAGUUUGAGCGCAGACGCCGCGCGACGCCACGCACCGCUGACGACUUUGCCACGCUUCGUCGUGAGUUAGAGGCGUGGCGGGCGGCCGAGGCGGCGCGUAUUCUUGUGGACAAGAGUCUUAGCGAGGUGGCGAAGCGUGAAGCACUUUCAGAUCUCACGAAAAAGGAAGUGCUCCUUCUUCAGGAACUUGAAACGCUCCGCCGCGAGGUCGUGCAAAAUCGCCGCACGCGCCGCUUUGAGGAUAUUCUUGCCUUGAUGACAAGCCCCAAGCAGUGUGGCGUGGUCUCUGUUAUCACACGGGCUGCGGAGCGUGCGCGGGAGUUGCGUGAGUUAUACCUGGCGCUGGCAGAGGUACCGUCCUCCGUCGAAGCCCGCCUUGACGUGCUGUUGCAUAUCAAAUGGACCGUGAAGGAAUUUGACUCCCCCUUAACGCAGCAAAUAGUGGAACUUGUGGAUCGUGAGUCUGACUUGCUGCAACGUGGUCGUACAGCGUGCUCACUUAAGGGGCUACGUGCGCGUCUAGAGCAUUUGUUUAAGCGCUUUGUUGCCACACCGGAGUUCAACCCGGCAGUGGACGAAGUCGUUACCGGUCCAACAUUAGGAACUGUUCACGGUGGUGAAGCGGCCUCCACGAUGGCUGCACGGCGGCGCCUCAAACCGUCCAACGUGGUGUAA